AUGAACAAGACGCCGACUGGAGCGAGGCGGAGUGACAGAAAGAGGCGUGAAGGAUGUAGAGCCAGAGGGGGGUGCAGGAUGGAGUGUUCCUGGAAGACGGUGCUGCUGCUGGUGUGCGCCUCUCUGGGGGUCCAGUACACGGCCAUCCGCACGCUGAGGGACUCGCUGGCUGGACCCUGCCAGGGAGCUUACCGCUGUCAGACCAGACAUCUCAGAGACUCCAGAUGGAGAGCGCUGUGUGACGACAGUUGGAUUCCCGUGGCGUUGCCUCGGAAACACAUCCUUCUGUUUGCCACCACGCGCAGCGGCUCGUCCUUCACCGGCCAGCUCCUCAACCAGCACCCGGGGGUCUUCUACGUGUUCGAGCCUCUCUACCACGUCCAGCAGGCCUUCACUAAUUCCAGCAGCAGGCUGCGUCGCACCCUGGACCGCCGGGCCCUGCUGGGAGCGUACAGGGACCUCCUCCUCAAUCUCUACACAUGUGACCUUCACUUCGUAGAGAAUUACAUCCGCCCGGAGCCCCAGGACCACGCCACAAACCUCUUCUUCCGCCGAAGCUCCAGCCACGCCCUCUGUUCCCCUCCCGUGUGCCUGGAAGGAGGAGAUUCGGGGGUGCCUGAGCAGCCUGAUGAAACCUGGUGUCCCAAGAAGUGUGGGGCCUUAAACCUCACUUUAGCUUCGAUGUCGUGUCUGUCAAGAGGACACGUAGCCAUAAAGACUGUGCGGGUCCCCGAGGUGGGGGAUCUGCGGACCCUGACUGAAGAUCCGCGCCUGGACCUGAAGAUAAUCCACCUGGUGCGGGACCCCAGAGCCAUCCUGGCCUCCCGCAUGAUGGCGUUUGCAGAUCAGUUCCGCGCUUGGAAAAUAUGGAACGCGACCGGACGGCAACCUCGAUACGUGGACCUGUCGCAGAUCACCAGCACCUGCAAGGACAUGGUGGCCUCUGCAGAAACCGGCCUGCAGAGACCAGCCUGGCUGCGGGGACGCUACUUACUAGUGCGGUACGAGGACCUGGCGUUCAGACCCAAGGACAAGGCCGCAGAGAUCUACAGGUUUGCGGGACUGGAGAUGGAGGACAGGGUGAACAUGUGGAUUGCAAGGAACACCAACAGCAACGUGUCCUCCCCGUCCGACUGGAGCUACAGGUACUCCACCGCCAGAGACUCCAGAGCCACAGCGGAGAGCUGGAGGCUGCGGCUCGGCUUCGACAUCGUGAGGACGGUGCAGAAUCUGUGCAACGACACCUUGGCCCUGCUGGGAUACCGGCGGGUUCACUCCUUAGCAGAACUCAGAAACUUGUCCCACAGUUUAGUGGAGCACAGGACUUUUCACCCAGUCACAUGA